ACGGGCUCGGUGUUCGACAUUACUUCAUCCUGCUCAUGUACACUGUGAAUGGGAAACUCGUCUCUCCUCCAUUCCUCAAUCGAUCUACACUGCGAUGUUAAACCAAACCAGCCGUUGAAAAAACAUCCAGUUCUAGUUGAACCAGAGCAAGAAGUCGACAGCAGAGUUAUCUAGUAUCACUGUUGGUAGAUAUAUACCACAACAAUAGGUCUUCUAGGCAGAAAGCAGUUCUGCUUUUUCAAGAGCCGAACUGCGUGUAAGGAGGAUAAACCAGUCGCUAUGGGGACUGUACUAUCCAUCUCACCCAGGCCGCAUAAGGAUAACGGUAAUUAUGGCGACGCCGCAUCGCUCAGUGUUAGCAAUCUCAAUAUGCUCUACAACAGCAAGAAUUCGUCCAACAACAACGCCAAGGAAAACCUCCUCUCUGACACCAGGCCGAUGCGAAAGCAUUCGGCCAUGUUUAUCAGUGCGCUGGGCUGGAAGAUGUUCAAUGUCUCCAGCAAGAAGAGAACCGCUAACCAGGGUGUCUCCACAACGUCAUUCACGAAUAACCAGUUUUACACUGGUUCGGACAAAACCAACAACAACCAUGUUCUGAAACCAAAGAAUCAUCAACUUGCCAACAAUAAUACCAACCAAACUCUACAGCGCCAGCGGUCGGAGGUUAACGGCACAGUUGGUAAUGAUGUGGAUUCCAGCAUCAAGAAAUCUUUCUCAUGUUUCAACCUGAAUUCCCACUGUCAAUCCAACUCUAAUAGCCAGCAUCAGAACCAGAAUGUUAAGAACAAUAACACCACCUUCUGCGGUAUCAGAAAGUCCUCCAGCGGGCAGCUGAAAGCACCCACUGUACCCCCUAAGAAGGUGGUCCAAUCCUCCACAAGUGAACUCCUGAAAUGCUUGGGGAAUUUCCUGAGCAGGCGUUGCCCGCAUCUUCGCAGCUUCGACGCUAAUGAUGCCAUCGUCUGGUUACGAGCCGUCGACCGGUCUUUACUCGUCCAAGGGUGGCAAGACAUCAACUUCCUAAACCCGGCAAAUGUUGUCUUUGUCUUCAUGCUGGUCCGAGACCUCGUAUCGGUCCAAGACGUACAGAGUGAAUUAGAACUCCAGGCUACAGUACUAACAUGCCUAUAUCUCUCCUACAGCUACAUGGGCAAUGAGAUCAGCUACCCGCUCAAACCGUUUCUGGUUGAGGAAGACAAAGACAACUUCUGGACCAGAUGUCUAAGAAUCAUAAACAAUUGCAGCUCCAAGAUGUUGAGGAUAAACAGAGACUCAAACUACUUCACCGAUGUCUUGGGUGAACUUAAAUCCUAUGGCAAAAGCUAAAGGUACAUGUGUGUUUUAGGUUCAUUGAUGUAUUCAUGUAUAUGUAAAAUGUUGUAACUAUUGUCACAAGGCGAGACACAAAAGUUGCGAUUUUCACCCAAAUUAACGACCAAGGAAUGUAGUUUGGUUGAUCUUACCUUUUCCGUACUAUAACUUAAAACAGUACUGCUAAAAUCCCAUCGAUAAUUUAUUCAAAAUAAAUUAUCUCUAUCGCUUGUGUAUGUUAAAGGCUGUAACAAAUAUCAAUAUUGUACUUAACAGUGACAAAUAAUAAGCCCUUAUGUUUAAUUGGCGUGACCUUACAACUUGUGCACGAAAUCUGAUCAAUCUUUGUUUUUACCGAAAUUGUAACCCACGCUGUUACUCAGCGGUUUUUAUUUCAAUGGAGUUCUUGUCUGAUACCAGAGUUCGCCACCACAACACGACAACACUAUAGCCUACCUUAUCACACUAUGACUGAGGGUACGUGCAUUCUAUUUAUGGAUUGUAUACCUCAGCCGAUGUGUCAAAUAGCUGUACGCGAAAAAUUGCUAGCAAUGUCAACUCACAUUGCUGCAACGGUAGAUUUUCAUCUGUUAUUACUUAUCAGAUAUUAUUUUCAUGCAAACUUUGAUCGAAGCAAGAUACUGUCACAAUAACAAAAGAUGGUUUAUUAUUUGUCAUAUUAUAUUUUCCGAGUGUGAUAAGACGAUAUUGCAAAACAAUUUUUACCUUUUGCCCGAGAGGGAGUAUUUUGUUGUGGUUUCGGUUGCAGUGGUUCUCACGCUUUAGCCACGAAACUGGUAGAUUUAUGUUUGACAUGCAGCAGAAAUUCUGCUGAGAUCAAGUUUCUUUUUUAGGAAAUCGCUCCCCUGGAAAAAAAAUUGCAGAAAAAAAGUAAUUUAUUACAGUAUUGGCUUCAUUGGAGGGGAGGGGUAAUACCAGAUUUUGCUGCUUUUCCACUUGAAAUAUCGUCUUAAUUACACUUUAUUGCUGUCCAACUUUGUUAUCAUUUAAAUUAAUUCAUGACUGUUGUUAACAUUUCAUUCCAAAAAUGUAUCAUGUAUUGAAGAAUAUUCGACAAUGUAUGGAAAGAUUUCAUGAAGAAAUGCGGUUUAUUCUCGGUGUAGGUGCACGCAGCUGUUUCUUCACCAAUUUCCAAUAUGGCUGACAACUUAGAGUCUUUCCUUGCUUCUGAUUGGUUCACGCGAGGCGCGCACUCGCUCUAGACAUGACGAAUUAAUUAUGGAGUGAUUAUGCUAAUCAGGAUAAUGCUUAAUGCGCAAAAGAGGGACCUGUGUACAAAAUGAUACCGAAGGAUAAAUUCUGCAGUCUAAACAAAUUGUACAAAUAAUUUUGUGUGUGAUAUUUAUUUUGAUAUAUAUAUUUAAGAAAAUAAUUUUGUAUUGUGAACGGGUGUAACAUGCGUUUCUUAAUUUAUAACAGACAAUUUUGGUGCGCAGGUUUCGCUAUGAAAGAUUUUAUUUGUUUAAUAUUUAAUGUAUUUUUGAGCGACCGUACAACAAGCAUCUAUAAUUUUUAUACCCUCGCUGCAGUGUAAAGAGAGAACGUUGAUAACAUUAAUGGUGUUUUUCUUUCCCGUGCGCAUUUUAAAUGAGGAGGCCGCCGCUAAUUUCACUUGUGAUGCAUUAUUUGGCGCUCCUGGAGGGGCCACCAUGGCAACGGGUUUUGACGGUAGAUUAUUAAGCGAUGCCAUGGACCCGAUGCCUCACUGCUAAGUGAAUUCCAUCGCCAUUGCUUGCAUCGAUUUGGACAGGUUGGCGCUCAUUUUCUCUACACCAGACCGAGGGCUGCAAUUACUUAGAUAAAUUAAUAUUGUUUUUUGUUUAAACCGAGAAGUUAAACCGGUACAUGCAACAGCCGUCAGACAUUACAAGGUAGAGAUGAUAAGACAACCGUUACCUGAUCGAUAUUCCACAUGAUGACUUUUAACAAGUUGAAUCUCUAAUUAUGAUCUUGGUGUAUGAAUAUAGGUGAUAAAACAUGACGACUGUUUAAUCCCAUUUUCAUCGUCCGCAUUAUUCAGAUGAUUUCUUUAAAGUGAAAGUGUGAUACAAAAGAAUUCCUUUUGGAGAAAACCAACAAACGAAACUGUGUUAAAGGUACUUUAAUUGAACCGAAUGGAACCGAAACAAGGAGGCUUUCUCUCCUGGUUAAAACCACAACCUUUUCAAAAUAAACAAUAUAUUAAUGUCAUGAAUGAUUGAUAGCCACAUGUCAAAUUGUCAUGUAGCUUUCGGAUUCAAUAUAGCCUGUUCAAAAGGAUUGAGUACACGGAUACGUAAUUACAUAUUUUGUCUGCAACUCGAUGCUAAGAAUAAAUACAUGUCAAAACAAGAAGCAAUUAAAUGAAACCUUAAUUUUCCUACUUUCUCAGAAAACGUUGUUGUUCAAACCGCGAUUGACGAUAGUUGUUCUAUGGUAUGAGAAAUAUCGUUUCUCUAAAUGAAACUUUUCAUCAUGAAACUUCACCCAUUAAAAUUCUGCUGUAUCACAAUGAUGUACGCGACCUGUAAAAAGGCACAAAUAUUUCCUCAUGAAUCUAACUAAUAUUUUUAUAAUAAUUAUUCAUAUCCUGAACUCGAUUUCUGAACUCAAGUUUCCGAAGAUAUCCACAUAAGGAUGUAGUUAUUAUUUCUCUGAUUAAAUCCUAAGACACCAGGAAAAUAUAGUUGCGAAGGGAAUAAUUUAAAGUAAUGGUGUUCUAACUAUUGACAGCCAAACGUGAACCGCGUAGUAAAUUGAAUCUUUUUCGCAGACUCAAGCAUAUGCCACUAAGGUUGCGGCGCGAGAGGUGAGCAGUGCCGAGUUAAUACCCGUGGUAUGACGUCAUUGCUCGGCUGAGGCAGCCAAGACGAAGAUGGAGAGAGAGAGCUAAUACAAACACUCAUCUCUCUUUGGCAUUUAAGAAAACAUGAGAUGGAAAUUUAUGAAAUUGCAAGCCUGUUAUGACAGACGGAGAAAGUGGAUUUACUGGUUUAUUACGCACACCUGCGAUAUCUGUUCAUCCACUCGCAUUACAAAUAAGAAAAACGAAAAUUUGUGCAGCACAACAAUAGCUCUAUUCGCGAGAUUUAAAGAUGGCAUAUUGUCUAAUCCCGUUUGAAUUUGAAUAUUUCUAAUAAGUGUCCAAAACAGGGUAAACAUAAAAGAACAAUGUGAGUGUGAGCAAUAAACAUCACAGGUUAAACCCUUACAAUUCAUGAAACAGGAACAUCAGAGUACCAACAUGCAUAUCUGUGCAGUACUUAAUUAUGUUUACCAACGAGACUCAAAGAUGACAUGUUGUUGUUUCAUUUCUUUUGAAUUUGAAUUUUAUAAUUGUCACAAAACAGAGUAACCAUAAUCAGAAAAGUGUGAGCAAUGAACAUCGCAGUUUAAAUGCUUACAUAAAACAGUACACUGUAAAAACUCUGUUUAGAGUUUAAAAUAAACACAAAUGGUGUGCCCAAUUUUAAAACAAGUUUUCAGGAUAAACAUGCUGAUCAUUUUGACACCUGCUCAUAAUGGUUUGUGGCAUUCACCACACACAAGAAUCUAAACUUGUUUUAGGUUACACAUGUUAAAACAGUGGGUACAGAAGCUUAUGCUUAAAGACAUGUGUUGAAGUUCUAAACUGUCUUUACAGUGUAGCAUCAGCUAACAAUUCCUUAAGAAUAAUUCGUGCGGCUUUAAUUAAACAAUUUCUGUUUAGGUUGUUAUCUUUGUCUUACGGUUUUAUCUGAUUACCCAUAAUGCACUGCGUGUUGACUCAAUGGAUCAAUGGAUCAUUAUUUAUGUACAUACAUUAAUACUGCACUGUGUCAGAUGACUCGCGCACUUAAACAUAAAAUAACGGCAAACAAAAUAAGGCUCGCAAAAUAUUAGACAAAUCUUCAUGUUGUAACACUGUAUGAGCUGUGAUGCUUUUUCCUGUGUAAAGUGUAGUGUCUAAAAGAAUUGUUACGUAGUAUGAUCUUCAGCCAAAUAAUGUUAAUUGUUCUCGUUGUUAAAGAAAGUAUACAAAUUUGAUAUAAAUAAUGUGUAUAUAUUGUAGAAUUAAAUAACUCAAUUAUACUUUGUACUGUGUGAUUGUAGAUAAUGUCCACCCACAGCAAUACCAUAUUAUAGCUGCUGGCAGACUAGAUUGUGGUAUACUUUCCCAAUGUAAGACUAAUCCUUAAAGAUAUGUAAAUAAACAAAAAUAAUGUCCCUAUUAUAAACUCUUUCGCAAAUGGAACAAAACCUUUAUGAAUUGUCUUUCUGAAAACAAAUAUUUUGAAAAUAUAUUGUGUUUGCCAUGAGAUCUAAUGCAGUUCAGUCUAUGUAGUUAUCAGGGACAAAUAUAUUUCAAAAGUCAGUAUUUUGCAGCAGGGAUUUCAGAAUAUUGUCUGACAUCGUUAUAAGAAAGAUUGCCGAUUAAGUGGAAUAUAUUAUAAGCUCGUUUAUUCGAACACGAACAUUGUAGUUUAUACAGGGAUGGCGGUAUAACUCAAAUCAUAAUGACAUUUAUUCAAUACCCUUUUUGGAAAACAUUUCAUUAUGAGAAUUUGAAAACGAGUAUCAGUAUUCGAAUGAAUGUAAUCGACUCUACGUCAGGUGAUGACUAAGGCAAGACAAUGAAAGCAAUGAUGCAUAAUAUGUCACCAUCCCUCUUUUGACAUCAGUCUCAUGUAUGUGUGCAAACCGCUCUCUCUAGAGUUGCUCGCUAACCAACCCCCGUCUCAUCAUUGCCUCAUCCUAGCCUGUAACUUAGUCUCCCUCCAUCCACACAUACAGGAGGAGACUCGAACCAGGCUAUGUCAAUUACUUGGCCAUAUAGGCUUGUUGACAAUACGGAUGCUGUAAAACGACCUUCGGUGUCUUUCGUAGAUGAUUAGACGGAGUUGAAAGCUUGGUGGAUGUAUCGGUUAGAAUAGAAACAUGGGAAAAUAUACAAAUUGAAGAUUUAGAUUAAUUUUCAGAUUGAUUGGGUAGUGUUAUUAUCCAUGAAAUCCACGUCAAUAUGUUUGUCUCUGAAUUCGUAAUUAGGGACGUAGAUGGCAAUACGUCAACAAUGGAAUGUGAAUAUUAAGAUGUUGAUGAAUGGUCCAAGAAAUUAAACAUGCCCAUUAAUAUAUAGGGACUUCUUGUCAUAUGCCAUUACGAUAUUGCAUACAUUAUUGUAUCCAAUUGCAAUGUAUGAACGUUCUCAGAUGAAAGCACUUGACAUGCCGUCCAAUUUUGUAUGAUUUGUUGCAUUUGAGAGUGGUCAUCUCAACGCCUUAUAGAAAGAUUCUGAUUAUGGCAAGAACCAAUAAGGUGUUGAGUUUCACCAUCUUAUUCCAAAGCCAUGCCAUCAAGCAUCAUUUACUCUCCCAUUAAGCUUUAAUGUCUUCACCGCCAGAUGAUGCUCUAUGAGACGGCACAUCUCUGGAUAUACCACCUUAAGUCAGAAUGUUUCAGUAAAAGCCUGCACUCGCUGUAAGCAUGUGUCUCAUUUUACCAAGAUUUGACAUUUGAAUGAUUAGUUGACAUUUCUGAUUCACCAGAUCGCGUGUGAAGACGAUGAGAUCUCGUGAGUCUACUAUUUACUCUUUUUUUUCUCUCCACACGACCUUUCAAUCAUUUUUUUGUUGUUGUUCGCGCCAUUUUGCUCUCUGACUAACUAGAAUGUAUUGUCUGGCAAUGGCGUGGUAAAGUUUAAUGACUUAAUCAUCAGCAGCAAGUUUGGUUCCUUGUCUACCCCGUAGGAUAACAACAUUUCAUUGCAGCACUUUAAGUGGAGCCUGACUACAUUACCCCAUAUUUUAUGAAAUUGUUUCCUUAAUAUUAUUUCAACAAAGUUUGUUGUCCCCCCCAAAAAAAAAAAAUGCUUUAAAAAUAGAUAUGCAAAUUUCAACAGUAUUAGAAGUUGUAAAGUAUCUAUCAAUAAAUAACGACCUUAAUUGUUAUGGUCAACAAAUAAAUAAAUAUUUAAACAAAAAUACGAAGGCAUUGUUUUAGAUAAUGUAUUUAUGUGUGUUAGAUGACGCAGGUCACAUGUGGGAAACUUGCAUAAGUAAUGCAUUUUAAACUUUAAUGUUAUUUGGCUGAAAAUCUGUUUAAAUUCAAAAAAAAUAUAAAUUAAAUCAUAUUUAUGUGUGCCAGAACACAGAAAUGUCAAUGUGUAUAUACAAAGAUUCUACUGUUAUUGUUUUAAGUAUGUAAACUAUUCGUGAUGUGUUGUACAUAAUUUUUGCAAGACUGUAAUUUAAUUUAAUGGAGGUUUUUAAUUAAGUCACCCACCCACCAUGUGGAGUGCCAGCCAAGAUGGCGGUGCGAUCAAUGUUUUAGACUCGUUCGGUUAUCAUUAAAAAGUACCGUUGAGAAAAAUUA